AUGCUCACCAUUAUUACCAGGUCCCGGUUCAACAAACUUCAACAACGAGAAAACAAAUAUUGUUUAGAAGAACAGUUCGAUAUGUCUUCGAUUGAUCCUUCCUUUAGCUAUCCGUUGGUCGUACGUAGUUUUGUUCUUCCGUAUUAUUUAAAAGCUUAUCGUAUAACACACGACGAAAUACAUACUGUGCUAGUGAACAUCGACAUCAAAGAUGAAAUGAAAACAGAUGAAUUGAUACAUGAACUUCGAUCAUCCGUAUCCGCAUUGAAUACAACGCUCAUUGAAAGCAUCAUAAUCUCCAAUCUAAUUUUAGUCAACACGAUGCAGACGCGAAUGCUUCCUCGUAACAAUUUAAAAUCAAUCAUUCGUUCACAUGAAACGUACAUAAACGAUUUAAUGGAAGCAGUUCGUUUACAACAUUUGAACUCGUAUAACGAGACCAAACAGAAAUAUUCAGUUUGUUGGUUUUUCUGUAAAAAGCUGAAAGUUGAAAUGACUGCUCGACAAGAAUAUUUACAAUUUCUUAUAGCUAUGAAAAUUCAGAUUGUCGUAGAAGUCGAUAAAUUAACCGACAAAGUUUCAACACUUACACAAGCUCUCGAUUAUCACCGCAAAGAACUCGAUUUCAUGAAAGCAAGAUAG